AUGGCGAACCGGGUCGUCGCCACUCUGCCUCGUAUUCGAGCGACAAUAGGGCAUAUUCCGCAGAGGCUUAAGACAGCCAACAUCGAACCGAGCUCACGAGCACGUCUUGAAUUGAUCCAACUUGGAGUUGAGAGAGGUGAACACGAUGAAUACACAACGGAGAUGAUGGAGUGGUGGUUACUGGAAGAGGAUCUUAUCACAAAGAUGCAUAAAGUGAUUGUGCCGCGGUUUGCUAACCGCGAAGGACCUUUUACUUCAAUAUAUCGUCUUCCUACGCAGCGUCUGCAGCAGUUCGUACGAGGUAGAAUAGAACGAUGGAAGCGUUAUGAUAUUGCCGUUUUGGAAAUUGAUGGAAAUCCAUUUCCACCUGUACUGGGUGAGAAACCCGACAAUUCUUCGUCGCUGCUAAAUAUUUUGCUGCGAGAUAGCCUCCAGAAUCGGCUUCACAAGCUUCAAACGAAAUUGAAAGACUGA